AUGGCAGCCGACAGGGUCGGACGGAUGCGAGCAGAUGAAGUCCACUCAUCAGAUUUGGAAACGUGUCGAGAACACGGAGUCAACCUUCAGAAGAGACAAGCUCGAGUGACUGUGAAAUACAACAGAAAAGAGCUACAGAGACGACUAGACGUGGAGAAAUGGAUCGAUGACUGCUUGGAUGAGCUGUACUUGAGCAAAGAGGAUGACAUGCCAGAUGAGGUAAACAUUGAUCAUCUGUUAGACCUGGCUAGCGAUGAGGAGCGAGUGAAAAAGUUAAAGGAGAUCCUUCAGACAUGCAGCAACAACACAGAGGCCUUCAUCGGAGAGCUGUUGGUCAAGCUGGAGGGCCUUCACAAGCAGGAGGAGCUGGCUACCGAGGGCAUCGAACACCCCUCCCACUACAACCACGCCCAGCACCGCCAUGAGCCCUACCACUUUAACAGACCCAACUGGCCCCGAACCCACACCCACCAGACCCCCUGAGCUCACCAAACCACUGACAUAUGACCUCUGACUAGAGUCUUACUAAAACUCUGAAAAUGUUCCCAAAAUUCCCACGUUUUCCAUAAAUUCCGGUUGGAGAAUUUCUGGAAUCAGGAGGGAAUAAGCAGGGACCAAGUAACCAAGUAUUCCCGGGAAUCCUACAAUCGGGAUUUCAAGAAAACCUGGGAAUUUUGGGAAUGUUUCUGUAAAUGUGUUUCCCAGUCACCCCAUUUCAUCCCAGUCAUCUUGGCAGUCAUGGCCCCCUACCAGUUUGCCCUCU